GGAUUUAUAGGCCGCCCUUUUCCCUGAGGGAAAGAAACGGGGAGGCUGCGGCGAUGGUCGUCGUGCGAGGAGGGCUCCCCUUAGGAUGAGGAGGGGGCCUUGUCUCCCCCCCCCCUCCCCUCUUUUUCUCUUCCCAAUAUUUAUAGGACGCUUAUCUAAAACCUCAAUUAUGGCUUUUUCCCCCCCCCUCCCACAGCAAUUUUUGUGAGGAAAAAGGAAUUACCUCAGGAAAAACAGCUGGGGGGAGGGGAAGGGGCAGAAGGGAAGAUUGACAGGCCCCUCCCCCGCUUAUUUUAGGGAAGCCCCUCCCCCCGACCAUUUUUGGGGAAGCCCCGCCUCCCCCCCUGCUCUCGCCACGCCCCCCCUCCCCCGCCCUUCCCGAGAGCCCCUCAGCCAGGCUGAGAGGGGAGGGGGGGCUACCGGGAGGAGAGCAGGCGGUCACGUGACCCCCCCCUUCGAUCCUCCCCCGCCUGCAGGUCGCUCUGCCUGCAGUUGCACGUGUGAACGGGGAGCGCCGCCGCAGCUGGGUCGCCCGCCUGACCCCCACCACUCCCGUUUUUCCCCCGUCCUCCUUUGUUAGAAACCCCCCCUCGCCCUCCAGGGCUAUCCAGAGCCAUGGGCGACCCCCGGGACGUGGUGCUGGGGGAUGUCAACUCCAACCUGCUGAUCGGCUGCAGCACCGGGGACGCCCAGCUGGACCGGGCGGUGGGGCAGUGGCUCAGCUGGGACAAGAAUCCUAAAACCAAAGAGCAGAUUGAAAAUCUCUUACGAAAUGGGAAGAAUAAGGAGCUGCGUGAUCGUCUGUGCCGCAGGCUGACCUUUGGGACCGCCGGCCUCCGUUCCGCCAUGGGGGCUGGCUUCUGCUACAUCAACGAUCUUACCGUGAUCCAGUCGACCCAGCAUUGCAGUUGCAGGCAAAUUUUCAGUAGCGUAGAAGAACCGUGGAUUUACACUAAGAGAAGGGUAUCUGAGGCAGGACUUGGAGGAAGCAAGAGCUGGCAUUGCUUUGGAGAUUUUGGCAUUGUGGAGGCUGUCCACAACCCUUCUUCCUUUGACUAG